GUAUUAUUCUAAAGGAACUCGUCCCAGAAUAAAUAAAGCAUUAUUAUUAUUAUUAAAACAUUGAAACAGAUGGAGGAAAAAUCUGAUGGAGUAAAGAUUAAGAAUAUGAAGGAAAAUAAAGAAAAACAACUUGGAUAUCACAUUAACUCAAAUAUGAUAACUUUGAAGGAAGUUAUUGGUAAGGGAGAAUUUGGUAUAGUUUAUAAGGCUUUAAUGGAAAAGCAAAAAGGAGAAACUGAAGUGGCAGUAAAAACUUUAAGAGAUAAUGCAACAAAAGAAGACAUUGAAAGUUUUCAAGGAGAGGUGGAAGUUAUGAGGACAGUUGGCAAACAUGAAAAUUUAGUUUCUUUAAUCGGUUACUGCCCCAAUGAAAAACUUCUUGUUGUAGAAUACUGUGCUCUUGGCGACUUGCAAAACUUCCUCAGAGAAGCACGCAAAACCAAACUAUUGAUACAGGAACUCAUGAACAGUGGCUCUACUAGUACAAAAAAAUUUCAAGCUAACGAUCACAUUGUAUCAAAUAUGAUAUAUGAACAAUCAGAAAUCGAACAAAAACACCUCAAGUUGAACAUCAUAGAUUUGCUCUAUUUUGCAAGACAAGUAGCAACUGGAAUGGAAUACUUGACCAAUAACAAAAUAAUUCACCGAGACUUAGCAACAAGAAACAUCCUCUUGACUUUUGAUCUUGUGGCUAAGAUAUCUGACUUUGGACUAAGCAGGGACAUCUAUGAGCAGUCUGUUUAUAGGAAGAAAAGAGUUUCCAAGCUUCCAAUAAAGUGGAUGGCCAUAGAAUCUUUGACUCAUCACAUAUUUACUUCACAGAGUGAUGUAUGGUCUUUUGGAAUUCUUCUUUGGGAGGUCAUGACAUUCGGCGGAGCUCCCUAUCCUUCCAUUCCCUCGGCUGAGGUCUAUAAACUGCUCAAGACAGGAUAUAGGAUGGAAAAACCACCAUCUUGCAAUGGUCAAAUAUAUGAUAUAAUGACUAUGUGCUGGAAAGAAAAACCAUAUAACCGACCUUCCUUUUCACAAAUUAUAACAAAAUUAGACAACAUUCUCAACAACCAAUCUCUUCAAAACGAAGCCUGUUUCGACACCAAUAGUUUAAAUUAUGCUCACAUAGAUUCAAAUGAAGGAUAAAGAGCUACCAAGAAAAAGAAACAUUUAU